GUCACACUUCUCUCUAGGCAGUCCUCUGUCUUGAUCACCAAGCCAAACUUCCUCAUCAUCUUCUCUAUAUAACUUCGCCUUCUUAUCAAAUCUCCAUCAGAGAGAUUUAGGAUGUGACAGUCGCACCGCUACGUAAUUUCUUCUUGAGAAUACUGUUACUGUCGGACUGUCACUUGAUUUCUCCUUCACCGAUGGCGAAGAUGGGGGAUAUGUGGGGGCAGCUCGGCUCGGUGAUGGCGAGCAUGGUGUUUGCUUAUGCCAUGUUCAAGCAAUUCUUCCCAGACAAUCUCGGCGACAUCCUUGAAAAAUACUGUCACAAAUUAGUAGCCUAUGUCUACCCCUACAUCCAAAUCACCUUCGACGAAUACAACAGCGACUUUUACCGGCGGAGCGAGGUCUACUCGGCCAUCCAGAACUACCUCAGCACGAAAUCCUCGACGCGGGCGAAGCGCCUCAAGGCUCAUGAGGUUAAAGGAAGCAAGGCUUUGGUUCUAGGCAUGGACGACAACGAGGAGGUCACCGACGAGUUCGAGGGCAUCAAGCUCUGGUGGGCGUCCAAGAAGAGCGCGACGAAAAAGGCAUCCUUUUCGUUCUUUCCCGAUUACGAUGAGAGGAAGAUGUACAAGCUGACGUUCCACCGCCGGCAUAGGGACGUUGUCAUGGGGUCGUAUCUUGACCAUGUGAGGCAGGAGGGGAAGGCGAUCGCGGUUAAGAACAGGCAGCGGAAGCUCUACAUCAACAACACCGGAAAGGGCACGAAGUGGAGCCAUGUGGUGUUUGAGCAUCCGGCGACAUUUGAGACAUUGGCGAUGGAUCCGAAGGAGAAACAGGCGAUAAUUAACGAUCUUUUGAAGUUCGGAAAGGGGAAGGACUACUAUAAGAAAAUCGGGAAGGCUUGGAAGAGGGGUUACCUCCUUUACGGGCCACCGGGGACAGGGAAGUCCACCAUGAUCUCCGCCAUAUCGAACUUAAUGAAUUAUGAUGUCUAUGAUCUAGAGCUGACCGCGGUUAAGGACAACACCGAGCUGAGAAAGCUGCUGAUUGACAUAUCCGGUAAGGCGAUUAUUGUGAUCGAGGACAUUGAUUGCUCGCUUGAUCUUACCGGGCAGCGAAAGAAGAAGAAAGUAGAGGAGGCCAAAGAUGGUGAUGAAAAGGAUCAAAUUCUGAAAAAGCCGGAAGAAGAAGAGAACACAACUAGCAAGGUGACUCUUUCGGGGCUGCUGAAUUUUAUCGAUGGCAUUUGGUCUGCGUGUGGAGGGGAGAGACUGAUCGUGUUUACGACUAAUUAUGUGGAUAAACUUGAUCCUGCUCUGAUUAGAAGAGGAAGGAUGGACAAGCACAUAAAACUGUCCUACUGCUGCUACGAGGCGUUCAAAGUUCUUGCUAGGAAUUAUUUGGAUUUGGAAACGCACGAGUUGUUUGGAACCAUUGAGCGCUUGUUGGGAGAGACCGACAUGACACCUGCCGAUGUUGCGGAGAAUCUGAUGCCAAAAUCUGAUGUCGAGGAUGCUGAGUCGUGUUUGAAGAACUUGAUUGAAGCGCUCGAGGCUGCCAAGGAGGCGGCGAGAGUGAAGGCGGAGGAGGAAGCAAAACAGAAGGCGGAGGAAGAAGCGAAACUGAAGGCGGAGGAAGAAGCGAAACAGAAGGCGGAGGAAGACGAAAAGGAGAAGAAAGAUGAAUCUACCAGAGAGGAAGUGAAAUGUAAUGGAACAUUAGCUGAAAAAGUUCAGGAAAAUGGUGCCACCCCAUUAAUAAUCUAAUCUAAACGAAAAGAUUAGUAAUUUGAAGUUUUUUUUUUUAUGUCUUUCAUUAAUUUCAUUACUAUUUAUUAAAGUUUCUUAGAAGUUUUAAGGCUGUAGUUAUCGUUUGCAUUCUCAAUUGAUGAAGCUUUAUCAA